AUGCUCUUACUUCACGGGCCAACGAUUGUCUUAUAUCUUUGUGUUUUCCUUUUAUUGACCCAGCUGUUCCACGGACACCCUGACCGCCCUGGGUACUACAGUGUAGUAACGUCGCCAGAGUCCCUCCCUACGAAGGCCCCAAACACCAUCGAAGACCUUCAAACCAUUCUAGACGAUGUCGCGAGCUUGAGAUUGAAUGUACUGUAUUUUACCGAAGAUAUUGGGACUCGAUUAAUGUCAAUAGAGGCGCUGCUUAGCAGCCUCGUAGCUCAGGGUGCGAGCCUCUCAGCGCCAUCAAUCAUCCCUAACACUUACCCAAUAGAUGUACCGUUGCCGUACGAGACCCCGCCGCCAUAUCCAACGCCACAUAAUGGAUCGUACCACGGCACUGGUAUCACAGCCGGCCCAACUGGAACGGGAUAUAGCUAUUGGCAACCCACACCUUCACCGACCUCUUCCGACGCAUGGGAUUCGCAGGUCACCAGCAACAUUGCAGUGCAUCACCGGAUCUUCGACAACAGCGCCCCCCUUUCGAAUUUAUGUGACGACUCGAAUGUCAACAUCGUCAUCCUAGACUUUCUCUUCACCUUUGCGAACCUCACAGAAGGAUGGCCGGACAUGUGGUCAGGAAAGAAGAUUUUGCUCAGACUGGGCCAAGCCGUACCGGGCACCAACUUCGAUGUCGCUGAGGCUGAGCUCCUUGCUGAACAGAUGUGGAACCUGUUCGGCCUCAAGAGUCCGGACUACAACGGACCACGCCCGAUAGGAGACGAUGUCACCGUAGAUGGCUUCGAGAUGACGCUGAACAUUGAUAACCCGGAUCAGCCAUGA